UCAACGAUUAUCUGCGAGCCUGUUCUGUAAUACGUCAUUUACUAACCAGUUGAAUCCUAAUACAAUAUGUGGGUCUCGUUAUGGAGGAAAUGUGUUCGUCAGUCAUUCUCAGCUGUUAGCAGUGGAAAUACUUAUCAUACCAACAAUGCUCUUUUUUCUGAGAAGAAUUCUGCAAUGAAAAGACCAAGGACAGUGGCAACCAAAUCUAAGCCAAAACCUGCAUUUUCAAGAGAGAAGGUAACUAAAGCCACGGCGUGGAGCAGCGAGGCACCCAGGCAUCUCAAAAGAAGUGUCUCAUCUGAACUCGAAAAACUGUUUCUGGAUGAUGGACACACUGCUAAGAGAGAUCGGACUGUCAAGCAAAAAACAAACCUAUUUUCAAAAUUAGACCACUUUGAAUUUGUAUUUGGGAUAUCUCCUUGCUUAUUGGCAAUCACACAUGGUAGAAGGAGGAUUUGGGGACUUUUUGUUAAGGAAGGGGACAACUCUCUUAGAGCUCCUGUUUUGAAGAUUUGUCAAGAGGCUCACAGUCAUGGAGUGCCAAUUCACCGUGUGAGUAAAAAGGACAUUGAUAAGAUGGCUCCAGGAUGUGUACAUCAAGGAGUAUGUCUACAAGCAAGUCCCCUAACUUAUGUCACAGAGGAAAAUCAAAAUCAAAGUUGGCUCCUCCCCAGAAAAGACAAAAACAUGCCACUUUGGCUGGUUUUAGAAAAUGUACAAGACCCUAUGAACCUAGGUGCCAUUUUGCGGUCAGCCUAUUUUCUUGGUGUAGACAAAGUAGUCAGCAGCAUUUCUCAAAGCUGUCCAUUGUCCCCAGUUGUGAGCAAAGCCAGCUCAGGUGUCAUGGAGGUGAUGGAGGUGUAUGGAUAUAAAAAUCUUGGUGAAUUGCUGAAAUUGAAGCAAGCACAGGACUGGGAUGUGGUAGGGACAGUUGGGGCAGAAUUUAAAGAGUCUCAUGUAACCAAAUGUUCAGAUUUUACUAUGUCUAAACCUACCUUGUUGUUGAUUGGCGGUGAGGGUGGAGGCCUUUCUCAAGAGCUACAAGCUCACUGUCAGACCCUUCUGACCAUUCCUGCGGGAAGACCACUGUUUUCAGGAAUAGAGUCACUCAAUGUGUCAGUAGCGACUGGUAUUCUGCUUCACUCUUUAUUGUAUUCAAGAUGUUCAAAGAAGUCAAUGUGAUGCAUAAAAGUGUACUGUCA